ACGUGUUAAAGCCUCGAAAAACACAAAACCCGAAACUGAAACAGAGAAUCUCGAAAAAUGUCACAACUCGAGAACAACGAGCCACUUCUGAUCAACGAAGAAGAAGAAACAGCGUACGAUGAAACAGAGAAGGUACAAAUCGUAAGAAACGAAGAAGACGAUCUAGAACACGGCGUCGGAUGCGGCGGCGCACCACCGUUCUCAUGGAAGAAGCUAUGGUUAUUCACCGGACCUGGGUUUUUAAUGAGCAUUGCGUUUCUCGACCCAGGGAAUCUUGAAGGAGAUCUUCAAGCCGGUGCGGUUGCUGGGUACUCGUUGUUAUGGCUUCUUAUGUGGGCAACAGCAAUGGGUCUAUUGGUUCAGCUUUUGUCAGCGAGGCUUGGUGUUGCGACAGGUCGUCACUUAGCUGAGCUUUGUCGUGAUGAAUAUCCGACUUGGGCAAGAAUGGUUUUGUGGGUUAUGGCUGAAUUGGCUUUGAUUGGAUCUGAUAUUCAAGAAGUUAUUGGUAGUGCUAUUGCUAUUAAGAUUUUGAGUAAUGGGAUUUUGCCUCUUUGGGCUGGUGUUCUUAUCACUGCUCUUGAUUGUUUCGUCUUCUUGUUUCUUGAGAAUUACGGAAUCAGGAAGCUCGAGGCGGUGUUUGCGGUUCUUAUCGCUACUAUGGGAGUCUCAUUCGCUUGGAUGUUUGGUCAAGCUAAGCCAAGUGGCUCUGAACUUCUCAUUGGGAUUUUGGUACCGAAACUGAGUUCAAGAACGAUACAGAAAGCAGUUGGAGUUGUGGGUUGCAUUAUAAUGCCCCACAAUGUGUUUCUUCACUCAGCUCUUGUUCAAUCUAGAGAAGUCGAUAAACGACAGAAAUACCGAGUUCAAGAAGCGCUAAACUACUACACUAUUGAAUCCACAAUUGCUCUUUUUGUCUCCUUUUUGAUCAAUCUGUUUGUCACAACGGUUUUCGCCAAAGGGUUUUAUAAUACUGACCUCGCUGAUAGCAUUGGUUUGGUUAACGCGGGACAGUAUCUUCAGGAGAAAUAUGGAGGCGGUGUGUUCCCGAUACUAUACAUUUGGGCAAUCGGGCUAUUAGCUGCUGGACAAAGCAGCACUAUUACUGGUACAUACGCGGGACAAUUCAUCAUGGGCGGGUUUCUUAAUUUCAAAAUGAAGAAAUGGUUGAGAGCUUUGAUCACACGAAGCUGCGCAAUCAUUCCAACUAUUAUCGUUGCUCUAGUGUUUGAUUCAUCGGAAGCUACACUCGAUGUCUUAAACGAGUGGCUUAACGUGCUUCAAUCCAUUCAAAUUCCCUUUGCACUCAUUCCCUUACUGUGUUUGGUCUCCAAAGAACAAAUCAUGGGUAGCUUCAAAAUCGGUCCUUUGUACAAGACAAUCGCGUGGCUUGUUGCUGCGCUCGUGAUAAUGAUCAACGGUUAUCUAUUGUUGGAGUUCUUCUCCAAUGAGGUUAGUGGCAUAGUCUAUACCGGUUUUGUGACUGUGUUCACAGCUUCGUAUGGUGCAUUCAUCCUCUACCUCAUUGCUCGUGGCAUCACUUUCACUCAUUGGCGAUUCAAAGCGGAGUCUAGUCAUUGAGAAUGGACCAAACAAGACAGUGUAGUAGCUAUGUCUUGUAAUCCUUAGGAUCAUGAGUUCUAGCUUUCUCUUUUGUAUCAUAUGUGUUGUUGUUAUAAAGCAGCUCUGGUUUUGUUGAAGAAGGCUCUUCUAUGUAUCAGUAGAUAGGUCCCAGAGACGAGAACUAAUAAGAUCUGUUCACCAUC